GCUUUUUUUUUCUCCACACUUCCGCUUCCGCCUCCCUCUCGGCUAACCUCAAGCUAAGCUAAUUGCUGUCGAGGCUUGUUCGUAUUCAACUAAUAUCCAGACAUAAACCAUCAAUGCAAUGAAAUAGUCGACUAAUGCGGGCUCGUCGCGUUGUAUUUAAACACGUAUGUGAACCUUUUCGACGGCUGAAUCUAGUUUCAGAGGUUAUAUUCCCGGUCUGGCCCAAGGUUAGCAGGGGGCUAAGUUCGGCUAAGGCAGUAUCAUCGCAGAGAUUCACUCCAAACUACACCAAACUAGGAGAGUUUAUUGUAUUUUAUUGAACUAGAGGGGAUAGUAUGGCCGAGGCCGACAAACUCAACAUCGAUUCCAUCAUACAACGCCUCCUGGAAGUGAAGGGCUCCAGACCCGGUAAGAAUGUUCAGCUGACGGAGAACGAGAUCCGCGGCCUGUGCCUCAAGUCCCGGGAGAUCUUCCUCAGUCAGCCAAUCCUUCUGGAGCUUGAGGCGCCCCUCAAGAUUUGCGGUGACGUCCACGGGCAGUACUACGACCUGCUUCGGCUCUUCGAGUACGGGGGCUUUCCUCCGGAGAGCAACUACCUGUUCCUGGGCGACUACGUAGACAGGGGGAAACAGUCCCUGGAGACCAUCUGCCUGCUUCUGGCCUACAAGGUCAAGUAUCCUGAGAACUUCUUCCUGCUCAGGGGCAACCACGAGUGUGCCUCCAUCAACAGAAUCUAUGGCUUCUACGAUGAGUGCAAGAGGCGCUACAACAUCAAGCUGUGGAAGACCUUCACAGACUGCUUCAACUGCCUCCCGGUGGCCGCAAUCGUGGACGAGAAGAUCUUCUGCUGUCAUGGAGGCCUGUCUCCAGACCUCCAGUCCAUGGAGCAGGUGAGGCGCGUGAUGCGGCCCACCGACGUGCCGGACCAGGGCCUGCUGUGUGACCUGCUCUGGGCCGACCCCGACAAGGACGUGCUGGGCUGGGGGGAGAACGACCGCGGUGUGUCCUUCACCUUCGGCGCCGACGUGGUCACAAAGUUCCUCCACAAACACGACAUGGACCUCAUCUGCCGUGCUCACCAGGUGGUGGAGGAUGGCUAUGAGUUCUUCGCUAAAAGACAGCUGGUCACGCUGUUCUCCGCUCCUAACUACUGUGGCGAGUUCGAUAACGCCGGAGCCAUGAUGAGCGUAGACGAGACGCUCAUGUGCUCCUUCCAGAUUCUGAAGCCUGCCGAUAAGAAGCUCUUUUACGGAGUGGGAGGCCCAGGCACGGGAAGGCCCGUGACUCCGCCCCGCAAAGCCAAGAAAUGACCCCAGUAGCCCCGCCCUCUCUACCUCUCCUCCUCCAGUACCCUGCCCUCUCUACUGCUCCUUCAGUAGUCCCGCCCUCUACCUUUCCUUCCCCUGUCCUCCAUUAGUCCCGCCCUCUACCUUUCCAUCCCCCGUCCUCCAGUAGUCCCGCCCUCUCUACCUUUCCACAUCCUAUCCUCUAGUAGUCCCGCCCUCUCUGCCUUUCCUCCUCCAGUAGUCCCGCCCUCUAUCUGAUGAGAGGGUGGGACUUACCCCAAGGGGAUGAAAAAAGUAUGUAAAAUAUCUUUCCUCCCCCUGUCCUCCAGUAGUCCCGCCCUCUCCUCUUCCUAUAGCCCCGCCCUCUCUCCCUGUCCUCCCACAGGCACUCUGUGCCUCUUCCGUUUUUAACCUCUUUAACAUGUAAACCUUUCCUCCCUCUAGACACACGCGUGUACCCUGACGGACACGCGUGUCGGUCUGCUUGCGAUCAUUUUAACAGUGUGUAUGUACGGGUGUUUGUAUGCAUGUGUGAGUGUUUGUUUAUGUGUGUGCACGUGGGCUGUGGAAGUGAUAAAACCACUCUGCCCCACUCCGAGUCCAUCUCUUCGCCAUCAGGACUGAAAAGCGUUUGUGUGUGCGUGUGUCUCUGCGCGAGUUGUGUAUGUAUGUGUGUGUGUUGGUGCGUGCUGGAUUCCUGAGCAGACACACAGUGUGUGUGUGAGUGUGUUUGUGUGUGUGUGUGUGUGUGUGGCGGCCAACAAGCACACAGACGGGUGAUUCCGAGCGGAUCCUGCAGACCUGCCCCCCCCUCCCCCCCCCCCCAAAGGUCUCGACACAUUUGAUUACUUGAAAGAGAUUUUUUUUGUGAAUUCGUUUUUGUAGUCUUUCAUCAAGUCGACCAAUAAAAGUGAGAUUCUGAGUUCAAAA